CAUCCCGCGUCUCCGCCAGGUGUCACAAUCGUCCUCCCGCUCCCUCCUCUCCCCGCCCCUCCCGGGGAGCCGUGCGGAAGCGGAAGAGGCUGCAGGGCCGGGGAGCCUGGUCGUCGGCCGUCCGGGUUUUGGGGUCCGGGCCGCUCGCCCGCCGCGAUGCCGAGCCCCCGGAGGAACGCGGAGGUUCGCGCCCUGGGCGCCCUGGGCGUCUCUGCCUCCAGCAGCAGCAGCCCCAGCAGCCCGGCCCACGGCGGCGGCGGCGGCGGCAGGUUCGAGUUCCAGUCCCUGCUCAGCAGCCGCGCUCCGGGCGGGGAGCCCCCCGCCGGCGCCCGGCUCCGCGUGUCCGACAGCCCGGUGCACCGGCGCGGCUCCUUCCCGCUGGCGGGCGCCGCCCCCGCGCAGGCGCCCCCGCCCCCGCUGCCCGAGGAGGGCCGCCUGGACCUGAACCCGUCCUUCCUGGCCAUCGCGCUGCGCUCCCUGCUCGCCAUCGACCUGUGGCUGUCCAAGAAGCUGGGCGUGUGCGCCGGGGAGAGCUCGUCCUGGGGCAGCGUGCGGCCCCUGAUGAAGCUGCUGGAGAUCUCCGGGCACGGCAUCCCCUGGCUGCUGGGCACCCUCUACUGCCUGUCCCGGAGCGACAGCUGGGCCGGGCGCGAGGUGCUCAUGAACCUGCUCUUCGCGCUGCUGCUGGACCUGCUGCUGGUGUCCCUGCUCAAGGGGCUGGUCCGCAGGCGCCGCCCCGCCCACAACCAGAUGGACAUGUUUGUGACCCUCUCGGUGGACAAGUACUCCUUCCCCUCGGGCCAUGCCACCCGGGCCGCCCUGGUGUCGCGGUUCAUCUUGAACCACCUGGUGCUGGCCAUCCCGCUGAGGGUGCUGGUGGUGCUGUGGGCCUUUAUCCUGGGCCUGUCCCGGGUCAUGCUGGGGCGACACAAUGUCACCGACGUGGCUUGUGGCUUUUUUCUGGGCUACCUGCAGUACAGCGUCGUGGACUACUGCUGGCUGUCACCGCACAAUGCUCCAGUCCUCUUUGUACUGUGGAGCCAACAAUGAACACCGUCUUAUUCCUUGCGGCACCGAGGGAGAGAGCAAUGUUUUCCACGUGCGAUCACGCUGACGUAACCCAGCGGCCAUCCUGCUUGACAUAAACCAGCAGCCAUUCCACACCGCUUGGCCCUCUUAGGACAUUUUCAGGCUUCCUUUGGAGUUUUAGGUGUCCCUCUUGAUGGGCUGCUAGGCUGAAGCCACAGCCAUAUUACAGAAAGAAAGAAAGAAAGAAAUCCCACUAUUAUACAUUCAACAACUGUUUGUAUCUCCAGGAUAACUGCAAAGAAACCAAGCUGGGGUGAUUGUAAUGUUGCUGUUUUUUCAAAACUGACGUCAGAAAAAUUGUAUUUUGCAGUGAUCCUGUAUGUCAAUAUAUCACUUGUAAACUGAACUUUGAAAAAAAGAAACAGGAUCUUCAUUCCAUGAAUAUACAGGCAGAUAAGCUGCAUACUAGUCAUAGUUCUUAGUUAUUUAAGAGUCUAAGACAUAGCUUUUUCUAGUUUAUUCUCCGAAGAUCCGUUAUCACAGCUGGGGAGAGUUCCUCUUAAUCUUGAUUUUCUUGGUAAGCAUCUUUAGCUUAUUGUCUCUUCCAUCUUUGUGGACUUGGUAGUGAGAAGAGAUAUUAUAUUACAUAUCUUUCUUUUACCUCUUCAAAAGAUCUUUACAUUUAUAUUUAGUUCCCACUAUUCUCUAAUAUUAUCUUUUAGCGUUCAGAGAACAAGCCAGGAACUUACUUGAAGAAGAUGCGCUUAAAGACGUGCGUAUCUAUAGUCUCGAGGACAAAAAGGAAGGGUAGAACAAUGGCCUUACACAGAAAAGAUAAGCUACUGAGAUGUCCAGGGGGAACUGAGAGUUUGGGGGUUGCUAACCACAUACUACUAGUAUGUCAAUGGACCAGUAUGGCAAGAGAUGGGGCCCUGCUACCUGUCAUCUCUACUGAAU